AAGGUCAUCGUCAUAGUCAUUAGAUGGAGCGUUUUUUCAACGCCAACUAAUUGAAAUAUGUCACAUUUGUCGACAAGUAUAUCAGGCUGAUGCCAGUGUAGCACUUGAAGAAAUGCAAACCGACCAGAAGAAACCUAUGAUCAAACCAGCUAUCGACGACAAUGCUUUUGAGGCGCUCGAAAAGGAAUAUGACGGGGUUAUGGAAGAGUUGAUGGGUAAUAAGGGUUUGGAGAAAUUCAAAGAUGAGUACGAAAAGUUGAUGAAGGCCUUGAUCAAAUCCCAUGAUAAUGAGAAGCGGUUGAUGCGAAAGUGUAGAGAACUGAAAGCAGAAAUAGUUUCCAACUCAGCUAAAGUUUCUCAAGCUACCAAGCUAUCUAGUGAGGAUCCUGGAAACAUGGCGAAUUUGAAGAAAGAAGUUGAACAAGCCUGGAAAUUGGUUGAUUUAGCCGCAGAAAAGGAAACAAGAGCCCGCGAGACAAUUGACAGAUUGAAAGGAGAAAUAGCGCAUCUCAGCAAGUUGGUUGAACAGGGUGGGGCUGCAACUGGUGUGGAAAGUUUGGCAGAAAUGACGAAAUUGAAGGAGAGGCUGAUAAAGGAACGCGAUGAGCAGCAGGAAGAGAAUCGAAAACUGCGAGAACAGGUGGAAGAGGCGAGAAGCAGGACAGUCAUGUUCCAAAACGAAAUUGCUGAAGCUCAGUCAAAAAUUGCGGAGCUGACUCAAGAAAUACAGGCACGAAAUACAGACGCCCAAAGAGAAUUACGGCGAAAAGAACGGAUGGAGCGUGAAUUAAAACAAGUCCGUUCGGAAGUCGAGGCCAAAAUGGAAGAGAUUCGUGUAACAUCGGCCGCGGUUGAGAAGCUCAGGCAAGAACUAAAGCAGAAAGAGGAGAGCAACAGAAGCACCAAAGUAUCGUUGGAGCAGGCCAACCGUCAGCUUCAAGUGACAGAGACAAAGCUCAAGGAAUGUCAAAUCAAGUUGGAGCAACAGAUACAAGUUACCGACUCCGUAAUGAUUGAGAACCAAAGUCGGUUGCAGGAAGUAAAGCAACGUGAAGAAGAAGUGAACAAUCUGAAGGCGGAAUGCGGUAAGACAACAAGACAACGGGAAGCAGCUCAGAAAAAGCUUCGCCAGUGUGAAGAGGAAAAGGCGAAUCUAGAAAGCACGCGAGAUAGGCUGCGCACUGGGGUUCAGGCUUAUGAAAACGAACUAGAGAUGAUGCGCAAAGCACAGGAGGCUGACAGACGAGCAUGUGACGAACUGGCCAAGGAACGUGAGCAGCUGAACAAAAAUCUGGUGAAAGCUGUGGCAAUGACCAACAAGCAGACCAAUUUGCUCAAGUUACACGAACUUUCCAAACAGAACAUGGAACAAGAAAUCAUCAACUACCGCGAUGAGGCACAGAAACAACGAAAAAUUAUCUAUCGUUUGGAAAAUGAGCGUGAUCGAUACAUUACUGAGGCGGCAGAGUUGACACAGAAAGUGUUACAGAACAUGGACGAAUUGAAAUAUCGUGAGAUGCAAAUUUUUGAAAACAAGAAACGUAUCGCUGAGGCUGAAACAAAGCUGAAGCAGCAACAAAACUUGUACGAGGCUGUCCGAAGUGAUAGAAAUUUGUAUAGCAAAAAUCUGAUUGAAGCACAAGAGGACAUUGCAGAGAUGAAGCGUAAACUGAAAAUCCUUUCUCAUCAGGUUGAUCAACUCAAGGACGACAUUGCUACAAAAGAAGCAACACUGGUGAAAGAGAAUCUUGAACGUCAGCGAGUAGAUCGAGAAAAGGAACAACUGACGAAAGAAUUACAAAAAAUGAAGGUACAAUCAGCUGAGAAUCGUGCCUACAUUGAAGCGCAAGAAGCCGAACAAAGUAAACUGUUGAAGAUCGUUGCUGAGGCUGAACACGAAAGACUGAAAGAACGUAAAGAACACGAACAGGUGAUCAGCGAACGUGAUGUCCUCGGAAGCCAGCUCGUAAGGAGGAACGAUGAACUUGCUCUGCUGUACGAAAAGAUUCGCAUUCAACAAUCAUUGCUAGACAAAGGCGAGAGAGAGUACAACCAGAGGUUGCGGGAACUGAAUCUACUGAAGGAAGAAGUGCGCAAACUGAGACGAGAAAAGGCAUUGCUGCAGUCGACUGCUACAAAGAUAGAAGACUUGAAGGCAGAAGUGCACCGCGUCCAGCGCGAGUUGGUCCGUCAGCGAACGAGAGCUAAGGCGUUGGAGGAGGAACUGGAAAACCCGGUAAACGUGCACCGUUGGCGAAAACUGGAGGGAAGUGAUCCAUCAACCUACGAGAUGAUCCUAAAGAUUCAAACCUUACAAAAAAGACUGAUUAGUAAAACGGAAGAAGUCGUGGAGAAGGAGCUGCUCAUACAAGAGAAAGAGAAGUUGUAUGUGGAGCUGAAGCACAUUUUGGCGCGGCAGCCUGGACCAGAGGUUGCCGAGCAAUUAAAUAUCUACCAGACUGUAAUCAAGGAUAAGACUAAACAAAUCAAGGCAAUGGCUGCCGAAAUGACCCUGUACGAGAAUCAAAUUGUCCAGUAUAAAGGGGAAUUGGAAAUUCUCAAUUUGGAAAUGCAGGACCUGAAAAAGAGGUAUUUCCAGCAGAAAAAGAAACAGAUGGAGGGUGAUAAUAUGAGUAGUAGCACCAAACCGACGAAAAAUGACAAUUGGAAGAAGGCACAGAAAAACAUGAGUGAGCCGUCAACUUUGAGUGAAGAUGGACUUCGAAUUACGCAGGCCAAAGUUUGAAGACAGCGUUUUGUUUUCACUAAAACAACGGCAAUGCGGUUAGUUGAAAAAAACUCAUGAAUCUGCUCUCAGUAGAAGCCUUGUACGAUACAUGACAGUGAUUUUAUACUAGAUGUACUGUAUGCUUGAAAUGAGAUUUU